UUUGCCAAAAGCUUUCAUACUGUGAUCCGAUUCAAACAUAGUGUUUGUGUAUCCCAUAAAAUAUAUAUCAAAAUUGAAUAUCAAAUAUAAUUUAACAUUAGUUUGUCGAUUAAAUAUAUAGAACUAUAAGAAAAUUUUAUUUAUCUAUUCAUAACAAUCAAUACAACAAUUAAUAGCACCAGAAAUGGCAAGACUUGGUUCAACAAAUCAGACGACUCAGAGAGCGGUGAUUGCAUUGACAUUAAUGGGUGUCUGUGUUUUGGCCACAAUCUCUAUGUCGUCCGCAAGAUAUUUACCCACAAGAAGUGAUGAGUCGAGACGGGAACGCAUUAAGGAAGUCCUUCGUAUGCUUUUGGAUUUGCCUGAAGACGGUGUUGACUUUGGACGGACUAAAUUUGACUAUCAGAGCGCUUUGAAUGAACCCGUUUCACAAAUUAAUACACAGAAAUACAGCUCUGGUAGACAACAGUUGACCAAAUGAUUUGCACAUAAUAAGCACAUAAUCUAAGACAAUGAUAAACAUUGCUUAAAAUAUAUAAUUUAUUUUUA